AUGCUCCAGGCAAAUUUGACAUCUGUAACAAUUUUUGUCUUCCUGGGAUUUUCCAACUACCCCAAAUUGGAAGCCAUCAUCUGUGUGCUGUGCUUACUAAUGUACUUGAUCACUUUGCUGGGUAACAUCAUUCUAAUUUCCAUCACCAUCCUGAAUUCACACUUACACACCCCCAUGUACUUCUUCCUCAGCAACCUCUCUUUUUUAGACAUCUUGUAUACCUCUUCAGCCCUCACUCCAAUGCUGACCAACUUUGUUUUAAGGAGAAACACCAUCUCACCCUCAGGCUGUGCCGCUCAGAUGUACUUCUCUCUUGCCAUGGGCUCUACUGAGUGUGUUCUCCUGUCUCUGAUGGCCUAUGACCGCUACGUGGCCAUCUGCAACCCCUUGAGAUACCCCGUCAUCAUGAACAAGAGGGUUUGUGUGCAGAUUGCAGCUGGCUCCUGGGUAGCUGGUUGUCUUGCUGCUUUGGUAGAAACUGUCUCUGUGUUACAGUUAUCCGUGUGUGGCAAUAACGUGAUCAAUCACUUCACAUGUGAAAUUCUGGCGAUCCUAAAACUAGCUUGUGUAGACACUUCCAUGUUGCAGUUAAUCAUGCUGGUGAUUGCUGUUCUUUAUCUCCCCAUGCCAAUGCUUCUCAUUUGUAUCUCUUAUGCAUUUAUUCUCUCAAACAUCCUGAGAAUCAGCUCAGUGGGUGGUCAAAGCAAAGCCUUUUCCACUUGUGCAGCCCAUCUGACCGUGGUGGUUUUAUUCUAUGGGACAGCUCUUUCCAUGUACCUAAAACCAUCAUCUGUAGACUCUCAGGAAAUAGAUAAAUUUAUGGCUUUGGUAUACGCUGCAUUAACUCCUAUGUUGAAUCCUAUUAUUUAUAGUCUACGGAACAAAGAGGUAAAAGCAGCUGUGAAAAAAUUACUGGUGACAAAUACUUUGGGUACAAUUUUAAUAUCUGUUCUGAAAUAG